UGUUCUGGAUUUCUUUUGCAGGCUGACGGAGCCAGUGCAGCCGGAAGGAAAAGCACUGCCAGCAGGGAGCGCUUGAAGCGCAGCCAGAAGAGCACCAAGGUGGAGGGCCCAGAGCCAGCGCCAGCUGAGGCCUCGCUGAGUGCCGAACAGGGUACGAUGACGGAGGUGAAGGUCAAGACAGAGCUGCCCGACGACUACAUCCAGGAGGUGAUCUGGCAGGGUGAGGCCAAGGAGGAGAAGAAGGUGGUCAGCAAGGACGGGACAGGCGACGUGCCUGCAGAGAUCUGCGUGGUGAUUGGCGGUGUCCGCAACCAGCAGACCCUUGAUGGAAAAGCGCCCGAAGCCAGCCCCCGCUGCGGAUCUGUGCGAGGCCGGUAUUCAGGGACCUGGAUUUUUGACCAAGCGUUGAGAUGUACACCGGGGUCCUACGAGUGUGGGAUCUGUGGCAAGAAGUACAAGUAUUACAACUGCUUCCAGACCCACGUGCGGGCGCACCGAGACACCGAAGCCACCUCAGGGGAGGGAGCCUCCCAAAGCAACAACUUCAGGUACACGUGUGACAUCUGCGGGAAGAAGUACAAGUACUACAGCUGCUUCCAGGAGCACCGGGACCUGCACGCCGUGGAUGUGUUCAGUGUGGAAGGGGCCCCCGAGAAUCGGGCAGACCCCUUCGACCAAGGUGUUGUGGCCACUGAUGAAGUGAAGGAGGAGCCCCCAGAGCCAUUCCAGAAAAUUGGGCCAAUGAACAAUAUUACAUCAGACAUUUUUAAGAAGAAAGAAGUUAGGCAAAGCCAAAAGAGAGAAACUGGGAAUUACACCUGCGAAUUCUGCGGGAAGCAGUACAAAUACUACACGCCCUACCAGGAGCACGUGGCCUUACACGCCCCCAUCAGUGCCGCCCCUGGGUGGGAGCCGCCGGACGAUCCAGACACGGGCUCUGAGUGUUCACAUCCAGAGGUCACCCCGUCUCCACGCUUCGUGGCAGCGAAGACCCAGACGAACCAGUCGGGGAAAAAAGCGCCGGCCUCCGUGGUCCGCUGUGCCACCCUCUUGCACCGCACCCCUCCAGCAGCCCAAACCCAGACGUUCCGCACUCCAAAUUCGGGAUCUCCAGCAAGCAAGGCGACCGCAGCAGAAAGCGCCUUUAGUCGGAGAGUAGAAAGCAAAGCACAAAACCACUUUGAAGAGACCAACAGCAGUUCACAGAACUCCAGCGAGCCCUACACCUGCGGAGCCUGCGGGAUCCAGUUCCAGUUCUACAACAACCUGCUGGAGCACAUGCAGUCCCACGCAGCUGACAACGAAAACAACAUCGCCUCCAACCAGUCCCGGUCUCCACCUGCCAUAGUGGAAGAGAAGUGGAAGCCCCAGGCCCAGAGGAACAGCGCCAAUAACACCACAACCAGUGGGUUAACCUCCAACAGCAUGAUCCCAGAGAAGGAGCGGCAGAACAUCGCCGAGCGGCUGCUGCGAGUCAUGUGCGCCGACCUGGGUGCGCUGAGUGUGGUCAGCGGGAAGGAGUUCCUCAAGCUGGCCCAGACCUUGGUGGACAGCGGCGCCCGCUACGGGGCCUUCUCGGUCACCGAGAUUCUGGGCAACUUCAACACGCUGGCCCUCAAGCACCUGCCUCGUAUGUACAACCAGGUGAAGGUCAAGGUGACAUGCGCCUUGGGCAGCAAUGCCUGUCUGGGCAUCGGUGUCACCUGCCAUUCUCAGAGCGUGGGCCCCGACUCCUGCUACAUCCUCACAGCCUACCAGGCCGAGGGCAACCACAUCAAGAGCUACGUGCUGGGCGUGAAGGGCGCAGACAUUCGUGACAGCGGUGACCUGGUGCACCACUGGGUACAGAACGUGCUCUCGGAGUUCGUGAUGUCGGAGAUCAGGACAGUGUACGUGACGGAUUGCCGGGUGAGCGCGUCCGCCUUCUCCAAGGCCGGCAUGUGCCUCCGCUGCUCAGCCUGUGCCUUGAACUCGGUGGUGCAGAGCGUGCUGAGCAAGCGGACGCUGCAGGCCCGCAGCAUGCACGAGGUCAUCGAGCUGCUCAACGUGUGCGAGGACCUGGCGGGCUCCACGGGCCUCGCCAAGGAGACCUUCGGGUCGCUGGAGGAGACCUCGCCACCGCCCUGCUGGAACUCCGUGACGGACUCGCUGCUUCUGGUGCACGAGCGCUACGAGCAGAUCUGCGAGUUCUACAGCCGGGCCAAGAAGAUGAACCUCAUCCAGAGCCUCAACAAGCACCUGCUCAGCAACCUGGCCGCCAUCCUGACGCCCGUGAAGCAGGCGGUAAUUGAGCUGAGCAACGAGAGCCAGCCCACCCUGCAGCUGGUGCUGCCCACCUACGUCAGGCUGGAGAAGCUGUUCACGGCCAAGGCCAACGACGCGGGCACCGUCAGCAAGCUGUGCCACCUCUUCCUGGAGGCGCUCAAGGAGAACUUCAAAGUGCACCCGGCCCACAAGGUGGCCAUGAUCCUGGACCCGCAGCAGAAGCUGCGGCCCGUGCCGCCCUACCAGCACGAGGAGAUCAUCGGCAAGGUCUGCGAGCUCAUCAACGAGGUGAAGGAGUCCUGGGCCGAGGAGGCCGACUUCGAGCCCGCUGCCAAGAAGCCCCGCUCCGCAGCUGGCGAGCACCCCACGGCUCAGGAGGAUGACCGGCUGGGGAAGAGCGAGGUGUACGACUACCUGCAGGAGCCCCUCUUCCAGGCCACCCCUGACCUCUUCCAGUACUGGUCUUGCGUGACCCAAAAGCACACAAAACUCGCCAAGCUUGCCUUUUGGCUCCUGGCGGUCCCAGCCGUGGGGGCCAGAAGUGGGUGUGUAAAUAUGUGUGAGCAGGCCCUCCUGAUCAAAAGGAGGCGGCUGCUCAGCCCGGAAGACAUGAACAAACUCAUGUUUCUGAAAUCCAACAUGCUUUAAGACUCCGGAACAGAGAAAAAGAGAAGAAAACAGAGAAACGACCGUUAGAAAAAAACACACAACACUGUCACAAAGAAAAGGAAUUUAAGUUCUAAACACUGUGGACCUCAUUAUAAACGCCCCCUAGAAACUUAAGUGCUUUUUUCCAGUGUGUGUGUGUGCAUGUGUGUCCACAUCCACACGUGUGUGCGUGUGUCCAAACACACGUGCCCGGGGUGUGGGGGGCCUUGUGCUCAUCUGCACAUCCAGAGAAGCUUUGCACACGCGUGCACACACAUACAAUCCUGGUGCGUGUGCAUGCACCUGCCCGCAGGUGUGUGUGCAUUGACUGAGUGUGUCAGGAAAGCCGGGUGACUGGGAAAGAGGGAGAAGUUUCACCUUUUCUCGGGAAGGGGCUCUAAAGACUCCAUUUUCAGGUGUGCAGAUCAGGAGAAGCUGACGUUGUGAAAUGUUCAGGCAGCUGAGAUCUGAAUGACUUGAUGCUCCUUGUCCUCGCCCCCCCGCCCCCCACCCCCAGCCCUCCAGCCCCACCCGCCCCCACCCCACCCAGCUGCUCUGCCACGGAUUCUCCAAACUGCAUCAGAUGGACAGUUUCUGCACUGGACUUUGUUUCUCGUUCACCUUCAGGGCAUUGAGCUGCUGCCUGGGGAGCACCCUGGGGUGUCUCCCGGCAGCCGCCUUAGAAACACACCUAUCUAUCUCCCUAAAUCAGGAAAAGGAGACUUUAAGAAUAUGAAGCUGACGUUUUGCUUUUUAAUAUAAGAGAGGGAAAAAAAGACAUUUUUCAGAGAAGUAUAGCUAACUGUCUCCACUCAACGUCGUUUUUUUUCCUAACAUUUUAGCAGUUUUCUCCUCUUUUGGGGGGUUCGUUUCGUUUCUUCCGAUUUGAUUUAGACUCUGCUAGGAGGCACUGAAUGUCUAACUUAUGUUUCCGAGUUUCGCCCUUCUCGUUCCUCGAGUCACACUGUAAACUAGCUCAUCUCAGAGGUACAGUCAGUACCCUAAGGUUUUUUCCUGCCUUCCCCCUGCAACCAGUUUUCACCUGUUGGCAGCAAGGUCAAGAGCAAGGUCUUGGCUGAGCUGUCUGCAGAUCAGGGGUGGGGGCGGGGUCGCGGGAACCUCAGGCGCGGGGUCUGGUGGAAGCCAUAGGGGGCAGCACCUGGCAUAGGGGGUCUGAACAUAAGCGGAAGAGCCGCCCCCCUGCUUCGCUGCGCCUGGUACCGCGAGUUCUGACUUCCGUACCCAGAGUGCUCUGCGCUCCCCACCAGGGCCUGACCCUUCCAGCUCAACAGGGACUUCUGCCUUGAUCCAUGUUCGCGUCCACCACACCCCAGACCCACAGCCUCUCCUACUAUUUCAGGGUUCUAGGGGGUCCCACAGCCCUCCUGGGACCCCAAAGGCACUUCAGCCCUCUACCCAGGACAGUAGUAGAGCGUGGUGCCUUGUGGGUGGAUGCACUGGACUUGAUGCUGCGAAAGGGUCUUUAGGCCUCUCUGCCAGCCCUCAGCCAUGAGCAGUUGUGUUCUCCGCAGUCCAGAUGCUGAGAGUGACACAGAGGAAGAUCAGCUCUCAACCCCCACCCGCCCCACCUCAGUAGAGCCGAUAGUCCUACGUCCCUUCGGUGAUCAUGGCUGUGGGGCAGCGAUGGUCACACUUAAGGCAGAGAAUGACCACCUUUGUGGGGGCUACUGGCAAAGGAACCGUCUCCCUUCCUGGGGGUGGCUGCGUGACUCCCCCUCCCAGUAAUGAAGCAUUACUCAACUGCGAGAUACCUCGACUACAAAAGCACUGUACGACAGCCCUGUCCCCUGUCCCCGGCAGGAAAGGAGUCAAGUUGGUCAUGACUGAGGGCCCAGAUCACCGUCUUUGGGGGCCGAGCCUGUGCACUUUGCCUCAUGAGAACUGGCCCAGCCCUCCCUGCGGCGUCUGGGACGUUCUGGAAUGGAUACAAGCGGGCCAUUUCCACAUUCGCUCCAGCGAGCCCCGGUCUCAGGAGCCACUCUGCCACCUCUCCUCCUGGGGAAGUUCUCACAUUUCCUCCACAUCUGCAGCUCGGAUCCUGUCAUCAGGAGAGCCUCAGUGGAACAAGAACAGGGAGGCCCAGACAGGAGCUAAGGUCACUUUCUGGAGUGGAAACAGCAGCAGGCUCUUGACCUUCUGGGCUUUCCAGAAGGGGAGCUCUCAGGUGCUGCUGAUAGACAGGCGUCUACAGCUGUGCUUGACAGAUGUGGCUGGGGCCACAACCUGGCACUCCUCACCACACCCGAGCUGCCUGCUUUGUGUGGUCAGUGAGAGCCGCCUUGGAGCAGAACUGUGCUGGUGGCCCUGUUUGGGGGGCCACUGAAUUUGAAAGUAAGCAUUUCGCUCUCUUGGAAAGCUUCUAGCAAGCCCAAGUGUGUAAUUAGAACACUCAGCGUUCUCUUUUCUUUCCUCUGGAAAGAAAAGUAGAGAAAGUCUAAACUCAAGGUAUCUGGCCACAGGCUGUCACCUGUCACCUUCUCUCUGGUUCUUUUGCACCUCAGUUCAGUGCUUGGGGCUUAGCUGGCCUCUGCAGGUCUGACGUGAAAGCCACUGUGUCCGCACCGAGCUGUCUCCUGCGGCUGCCUCAUCCACAUGGAUAGCAAAGUGGUAGGUGGUCGUUUCUCUCUUGCCAGCUCUGGUUCCCCAGGGACUCCUGUCCCCAGUCCUGCUGCAGCAGACAGCUUAACAAAACCCAAAGAUCUCACAGGCUCAACCGCUGGCCCCAUGUCUCCAGCAAUAUCCACCUUACCAAAUUCUAGCUCAGCCAAAGGAUCCGGGCAGGCGCUCCCAGUUCAUCUCGUGGUGCCUGGCCUGGCCCUGACUGUCAGAGUGUCAUCUGCCUCCUGAUUCUGUGACCACUGCAGGUCUUUCCACCACAGGCCUUUGAGGGCUGGGGAACCGGGAAAUUGGGCCUUUUCUGUCAAGAUGGUGGCCUGCUGGCUUGGAUCCAGCUUGCCACGAGCCAUGUGAUUCCCAGGACAGAAAUGGCCUUUGUUUGGACAUCUAUAGCCCCAAGAGGGGAGGUGGAGAGAAUACACCUCCACUUAGCAGGGUUUUCCCCCCUCAUCUGAAGUCACAUUGUCACCACAGCCCAAGUGAAGGACCGAGCAUUGUGGUCUCAGAUUGGAGUAGACAGUGGGGGGUGUCUCAGGCCCACCAGGAGCUGUGCUGCCAUCCCUCCCGGUCAUGGGUGGAUGCACCCGUCCCAGCCUGGUCCUCCUGUGGCUGGUGCCGAGGUUGAACUGCCAGGCCACCCUCCAGAGCCACGCAGAAGCUAGGAAACAACAGUGCCACCAUCCCAUCUGCCGCGUACCUUCACACUGGGCUAGGGAAAGGACAUCGAGGAUUCCUGGCAAGAAGGGUGGUCCAGUGGCCCAGAUGAGAAGCCGCAGGUCUCCGGGAGCCUAGGAAGGAGUUGGACAUCAGCUGCGUGGGCUGGUCCAGCGUCCCCUCUUUGAGUUCGACCCUUUAUCUCUUGCACUUUGACGAAACACCAGGGAAGAAUUCUGCAAGUCGUUUUCCACUGUGAAGCUGAACCUCUGCCUUUAGGAGUCCCCUGUUGGUGAGUGAGGCCACCUGUCGCUGGACUUGGGGUGGGCUCCUGGCAGGGUGGGCACCUGGAGAGACGUCAGGGAUGCAACACAUGCUCUCUGGGGCCAUGGGGCCACCAGGAAGGCUCGCAGAGAAGCCUGUGCGUGGAUGGAGAAGGGAGGCCCGUGAGGCCCAGCAGGGAACACCCUCUGUCCUUGUCAUACCCGUGCUGUUCUCCAAGGGCACGGCUGGCAGCCUGCUGGCCUCGUAGGCUGCACCAAGCUCGGGCUUUUCCCAGGCCUGGGGAGCUUGACGGCCUCUUGUCUGGAUGUGUCUGAAGGAGGGCCCCUGGGAAGGCUGCUGGUUUCGAUGGUCCAGAGAGACGAAGGCUCGUUCUGUGCCCUGGAGAUAGUAGACGGGGGCUCCUGUCCCGACCCUGCCAGCCCCAGCCCAGAGCCCGUCCCCAGCCGGGCAGUGGGAGGGCUGGGAAGGACCCCCACUCACUGUGGCUCAUGUUUGCUAGGCCAGUUUUGGUGAACCAAUGAUACAGUGUUUCCCUCUUAUGUUUCCCCCCAGGGCCCUCCAGGGCUUCCCGGGGAUUUUGUUGUUGUAGUUGUUUUUCUUCCUCUCAUUUGGGUCUGGCUUUCACCCGCCGAGGCCUGUGGUUUCUGUGCCAGACACACCUGCUCCCGCUGGGAUAGGGGGCAGCCGCGGUCUGACUUACCCAUGCCUCUCCACCACCUCAGGCGUUCUUUAAGGACUGAUCCUGUGCAGAAGAGUCGCCAGGUCUGUAGCUGGGCAGUGGCACCACGACCCACAGGGUCCCACCCUCCCAAGCGUCCCACUGGGCAUCUUGACUCAUCGAACCAAAGUUCCUUAAAGGGGCACAGCCCAGCCUUGUCCACAACCUCAGGGGCCUGGGAUUCCCGUGGCGCACCCUGAAAUCCCAGCCGGCACAGACUGGGGUCUGAGGCCAGCCGCAGGGAGGGGCUCCUUCCAAACCCAGGCGCUGGCCGCUCUCCACCUGGCCUGGCCGAGGCGGUGGCUUCGCCGUGGUGAGCCAGCUCCUGAACUGCCGUGGGCUGGGACUUGCCAGCCGGAGAGAUCAGGAGCCACGCGGUCUGGCCAUGCAGAUCCCGAUCAUCAGGAAACCAUUUUGUACAACCACCCGAAGCAGAGAUAUUUUGUAAGAAGCGUAAAUUAUUUCCAGUUGUUUUCUGAUCCUACCUUUUUCUUUACCCCACACUCCACGUUGGCGAUUCGCUCACAUCAGGUAAAUCUUGAGAAAGCCUUGGUGCCCCCCCUGCCCCCACUCAGUAACCACGUGCGUGCGCCCUCGUCCCUUCUCAGUAGUGACAGCGUUCUAGGCAAUACCAUAGACACAUCUGACUGUGUCUGUCUCUCCGAGUGCAAGAAACUCAAAUCAUCUUAAAAAAAAAAAAGAAAAAAAACGAAAAAAAAAACACAAAAAAAAUUUACAAAAAAACAAACAAAAAAAAAUAUCUUUUUUAGGCCAGAGUUUUCUACAGGUAUUAAUGAAUAUUUUUCUUAAUCCUUAUAAGUUUUAUGUGUUUAAUAUUUCUUAAUACCGGUAGCAUUAAUUUAUACUUUUGUAGCAACACAAUAUUUUUAUAAACAGCCAGUGCUUGGCUCAAGUCUUCACGGGGGUUUAUGCAGGGCCAUCUUGGGGACCCUGUGUACCAUGUACUGUAUUUAAAAAAAAAAAAAAAUACCUAGUGUCACACUUGCUGUGUUGAUUAACAAAAGGCGUUGUUGGCGGUCUCCUGUGUCGUUGAUGUACAUUCGGCGCUUCUCCGAGGAGUCAUUGCAUGGGGGUUGAGUUGAGGUUCUUGUGAUAUGUGAACCCCCGAGGCCAAUCUUGAGGGUUUAUUUAGGGUUUUCUGUGUGUCCUUUGGGUCUUUCUUUUCGCUUUGUUUUGGUACCGUUUCUCCAUUUACAGCCCAAAUCAGUUUUCAUGAUGUUUAAAACUUUCACUGAUUGUCAAAUGGAGGAAAGGAACAGGAAAAAAAAAAAGAAAGAAAGAAAAGAUUUUUACUAAGUAAUAAAAUUUAAAACUGAGCUGUUUAAAUGUUGCUGUUUUUACCUGUCUGUUCUCGUCCGAAAGUGGAACAUUCCCAGGGAGAAGAGGAAGGUUCCAUCGGGUUCCUUAAGUCACCAAAAGCCCCAGCCCAGGAUUCAGUUCCUCCCCCCAUCCCCUGAAUUCUCGCCACGCUCUUCCCCGGUGGUUGAUACCAAGGCAAAACAUCCUUUUCAUGGUUAGAGAGGAUCAGUUGCUUAAAUGAAUUCAUGUUGGUUGUAUUUAUGGUUUUACAAUAAAACGACCUUUAGGAA